UUUCGUAUUUUACAAAUAAAAAUAAUUGUGCAUCGGCCAUCGAAUCAAAUAAAUCUCGCAAUAAUCACAAAAGAUGUUGUUGUAUAUAACUAAUUUACCUUUCGAUAUACGAUUAGGACGUAUAAGACAACUGAUACACGACCAAUGCCGGAUAGAUGAUGUUAUUUUGGAUAACCUGGUCAAUGAUAAUAGAGGGAAACGUGUUACCGUCGGUCUCGUGGAUCAGGAGCAGGCUUCCCUUGUUAUGGCAAAACUAAAUGGAUAUUUUCUAGAUGGACACAAGUUGCAAGUGGAACAUGUUCAAAAGAAAGUGUCUCCGCCACAACCAGAGCCGAUGAUGAAGACAUUCAAUCAAGGUCCGCAACCCAUGUUAAACUACAACAUGAUGUUACCGCAACCGGCUAAUUAUAAUAUGAAUACUCUAUUAAACGCGAUGCCAUAUUACAUGGCGCAGCAGAAUUUUGGCAAUGCCAGGCAGCCCGCGCCGCAGACGAUUCCAUUUCCAUCGUUCAACAAAGAGGUUGCUGGCAACUGGUACGCAAUGAACUACGGGAAUCAGCAGUACGGGCUAUCGACUGCCCAAAGCGCACAGAAUGCUGGCAUAGGGAAUCCUCAGAAACGGAGCCACGACCAAAGUUCUGAUAUUCCAGAGAAGCGUCCGAGAUGCGAUGGACAGUUUGGGAGCUAUAGCGUUGAAGAGAUAGAUGAUCGUGAUAGGUCUCACGAUCGAUCUCACACGUCGCGAGAUCGCGAUCGGCACGAUCGGAAUGAUAGUCGCGACCGUUACGAUAAUAGUCGCGAUGAGAGUUAUACUAGUCGCGGUGAGCGUUACACUAAUCGCGACGACCGUCAUAAUAAUGACGACUACAAUCGUCGCGAUGAGCGCGACAGACGCAACGACUGCUACGAUAGUCCCGAUCAUCGAAAUAGACGCGAUGAGCGUAACAAUCGCGACCGUUACGAUUACGAUGACCGUCAAGAUAGUCGCGAUGAUCGUCAAAAUAGUCGCGAUGAUCGUCGCAAUAGUCGUAACGAACGUUACGACCGCGGCGAUAAUCGCAACGAUAAUACGGGACGUCGCUACGACAGUGACGCCGAACGCAGCACUUUCGAUAAUAGCAAUCAAAAAAGUAGUAGGGUGGUUGUGUGGGAUAAGAAUCCUUAUAAGUUAGAUCGGCGGCCUAAUGUUGGCAGCAACCCUCCAAAGCCACUUAUACCUCAAGCAGAUAAACCAGGUCUGCUGAAUAACCCACAAGAAAACUUUAACUACCAGCAAAGUUUCAAUUCGCCUCAUCCGAUCUUCAAUAAACUGUUGCAUCUUUCCGGUAAUCUUCCGCAAGUCUUAAAUAAUCAGCAGAACUUCCCACAAAGCUCCAACAAUCCCCAGAAAAACUACAACAAUCAGCAAAAUUUCCCACAAAGUUCCAACAAACCCCAGCAAAACUUCAAUAAACAACAGAAAUCCAAUAAUGCUGGCAAAAAAACUUUAACUAGGAACGAAGCUAGAAGUAUGCAGUACAAGGCAUUAAACGAAAUUAUCACGGAUCUGUUAGGCAGAUUCAAAGUACCUCAAGAAGCUUAUCAGAACAUAAGGAGAUUGUGUGACCACCGUCUGAAAAGUAUCAUGCAACAGCACAAUUGCACCAGCAUUGGGCAAUUCUUUAAGCAUUAUAAUGAGGCAUAUCCAUAUGAGAAUGACCAAGAAUUGGUAGAGGCAUUGCGCGAAUUCGGUAUAACAGAUUCUUCGCAAGCGCUUCCAAGGAAACCAGGUAUUGAAUCUGCGCGUCAGAGACAGAGAAAGGCACAAGCGUCGGCGUCAAGCCUACCGCCGCCGCUUGCACGGAAAGGUCCUCAAACUGCACCUCAGAGACCGAGAGCGCCACAACCGCUUGCACAGAAAGGUCCUCAAACUGCGCCUCCGAGACCGAGAUUGCCACAAGCGUCGGCCCCCAGCCUCCCGGCGCCUAGACCAAAUAUUCCCAAAAUAUCUCAACCAGCUAUCGUGCCGCCACGGGUGCCUCCGCUAAAACCGGUGCCGGCUGCAGAGAAGCUGCCAAAAUAUCCCAACGCCAAUAAGAAUGUUUACAGAGAAAUAAAGAAGCAAACGCAAUUGGAAGCAAAAGAAGAUUUCUCGUAUCAGGUGGACAAAAAGUAUAUACCCACUUUGGAAUAUGAGAUGAGGAAGAUGAGAGAAUUGGCCAUCAAAGCGUGUAUGGAUAAAUCCAACGAAAAAAUUGAGAAAAUCAGAGAAGAAAUAGUGAACUACGGAAUCGACAAGGUUAUGAAGGCAAUAAGAAUGCACAUCACCAAGCGUUUAAGCAACAAUUUCGUUGGCAACGUUCGCAUAAAUUUCAAAUAUAAGGGACCGAAGAAAGCGGAACUGGAGGCGUUCCUGAAAGACUAUAAUGUGGUUAGUCUCAAGAAGAGCGAAAGGGGGAAAUUCUAUGUGGCCACUUGUAAUAGGUCAGACGGAUACGAUAGACUGCUCGAGCAGGGCUCCGCAUUGGUUGAUGAUAUCGUUCUGACUAUUAAACCUUUGAACAUACUUGGCAAGCCCGACAAGAAGGAAAUGUUGACGAAAUUCCAAAAUAACGUCAACAAUAUGGCGCUCAAGUUCCAAUCGAAGAUGGAACAGGCGAGAGGAGGAUUUACAGGACAAGUGCAAGGACAAGUGACACAACCAGUAAAAGUACAGAUGACAGAACAAGUGAAAGCACAAGUGACAGAACCGGUGAAAGCAAAUGUGACAGAACCUGUGAAAGAGCAGAUGAAUGAGGAAGUGAUGGAGGUGGUGGAAGACGAUAUUGAAGAUUUAGACCAGUCACAACUUGAUGAUGUUGAAAUUAUUUAUAAAGAGGAUGAAGUGAUAGAAAUAAAAGACGAUUGUGAUUUCUCUGAAGAUGUAAUUGAAAUUGACAAUUUUAAUAAGCCCGAGGCGCAAACUCCUCAAUCAGAGGUAGAAUCAGAUAAUAAUCAGAAUUCGAAACAAGAAUCAAAAGCUAGGAAUAUCGAAAAAGAAUCACAGAAAAUAGAGAUUUCGAAACAAGAACUACAGAAUUUUGAAGAAGCACCACAGAGUUCGGGACAAGAAUCACAGAAUACACAGGGUUCGGAAAAAGAAAUACAAAAUUUUGAACGAGAAUCACAGAAUUUGGGACAAGAAUCACAGAAUUCUGAACCAGACUUACAGAUUAUUGAAGAGACGGAUUUAACAAUCAUAAAUGAUGAACUGAAAAGUGCGAUAAUAUCAAAGAUUGAUGAUGAGGAUUUGGAAGAUUUUUGAUAAGUUGUAUCAACAAUAUUAUAACUACUCGCUACUUAAUGUAGUAAAUUUUUUCGCGUUAGGGAUUUCAAAGGAACCGGAUAUUUUCCCGCAAAAAUUCAUCUGUCUCUUUCUCCGUCGAUUACUGUUAUGUAUUAGGUUCUGAAUGUCAUCAAUAGAUGUCGCGAGCGCGAUCUAGCAACACUACUAGCGCCAUCUAUUGAGUACAUUAGGAAGUGAAUACAUAGGUUCUUGAUAGCGCGAUCUAGCCACCGAUGACCACGCAGCUAGCGACAUCUAUUGAUGACAUUCAGAACUUAAUUCUUGACAAUUACUCUAUAACUGUGCCAAAUUAUGUAAAAAUCGGUCCAGUAGUUUGUGAGAUAAACGCGUUGAAAAUACUCUUUAGCUUUUUAAUAUUAGAAGAUAUAGAUUAUGUUGCACACAUAUUCGAUAU